AUGGCGUCUAUCCUACGGGCCUUGUCGAACAGCAUUCGGCGAACGCGACUGUCUUCCAGAGAUCACACUACCGUUGCACAUAUUAUCCCUACGGAAACCCUGAUCGAGGAAGAGACCUUACCAUAUUACGAGGCAGCACAUUACUAUCCAGUAAGAAUUGGUGAUGUGUAUCACGCCAGAUACGAAGUUACGGGAAAGCUUGGUUAUGGGGCAUAUUCAACCAGUUGGCUCUGUCGGGAUCUCCAGUGCGCCGCUCCGAGCCCGAUCAAUCCUAGAAGGAUUCUGACGAAUUAUGAGUUAAGAGCCAAGAACUACACAGUAUUAAAGGUGUCGACCUACUUGCCAGAUUAUCCUACCGUGAUAGAUCGCGAAUUGAGAGUCUAUGAACACCUGGCAAAGCUUGACUCUUUACAUCCGGGUCAGUCAUUGAUUCGCGAGCUAUAUGAUUCAUUCGACCUCCAAGGCCCUGGCGGCACUCAUCGGUGUCUUGUGCUACAACCAAUGAAUAUGACACUUCUUGAAAUGAUGAGAAUGAACCCACGGCCGUUUAAUCUACCCCUGCUGAAAAUGACUGUCAAACGACUUCUAUUGGCGCUUGAUUUCUUGCACGCGGAGGCCGAAGUUAUCCAUACUGGUAGAGACCGACGCUCUUUAUAUACUGAUAAUCUGAUGCUCAGCCUAGAGGAUACCUCCAUGCUGGCGGAUUUUGCGGCAGCAGAAUCCAAGAAUCCAAGUCCUCGGAAGGUAGUUGACCAGUCGCGUAUCAUUUAUUGCAGUCGAAAGUUUCGGAGACCUGCUGGCGGCAGAAACUACGGUCUUCCAGUCCUAUGCGACUUUGGCGAGGCAAGAAUUGGCAAGACUCAGAGGUCAGGACCUUUCGUCCAACCGCACAUAUAUCGAGCCCCGGAAGUAAUUUUUGAAAUGCCUUGGGGAAGUGCUGUUGAUAUCUGGAAUCUUGCCGGUCUUAUUUGGGAUUUGUUCGAAGGCCAGCAUCUGUUUGGAGAUAUAUUCGACUCCCAAGGUGGCCAUGAUCCUUUCAGGCACCUCGCGCUUAUGGUAGCCUUGCUUGGACCACCGCCAACUGAGUUUGUCCAGCGUAGUGAAACAACAGAGCAGUGCUUUGGCUCGAGCGGUGACUGGAUUGCUCAUCAUGAAGCGCCAGUGCCCUCUGUUUCACUUGAAACUCUGGAGACACGGCUGACUGGCGAAGAGAAAGAGUUAUUUUUAGCAUUCAUUAGGUCGAUGUUGAGAUGGAUACCAGAGGAACGCGAGACAGCCAAACAGCUGCUUGAACACCCAUUCUUGCUCUAG